GGGGAACACCUGAGCGAGAAGGGGGUGACCCCCAUCAUUUUCCUUCCUGCGAGGUGCUGGGGAGUUUGGCUGCCGAAAUCCCGGCUGCGGAAUCGGUGCUGAUAAACCCUCCCCUCCCUCGGUGCGUGUGUGUGUGUGUGUGUGCUGCAACCGAAACCUGCGUAUUGAUGCUCUCCGUUUAUCAGACAUAUGCCCCUAAAUGAUGUAGACAAGGAGAAGUGAUCUAAACACCGAGCUGCACAUGGUUUUGGUGGAAAUAUAAUACUCCGGCAGCAGAUGAGUUCCUCCCAGAUAAACAAACCCACUUGCUCAACCCCAGCAGUGCUAAGUGCUGUUUGGGUUUGGAGCGGCUGCGUGUUGCUGCUCCAUCCCCAGCCCAGAGGAAACCCUCCUCCUGGGGCCCCAUCUGCUCCUGGCUCUGGGUAGGGACUCAGCCUUCACCACGGUGGAUUUGCCUUCGUGGAAGUGACCAGGACAAAAUCUGCCAGGGAAUUGGUGUUUUGAAGACACUUACAGCUUCCAGUCCUCGUUCCCUUGGGAAUACAAACCUUUCUAAAUAUGUCACCAGCCAUGUGGAAGUGGACUUGCCUGGUUUCUCACCUCCUGUUAUCUGCCACAGUGUCACCUCUUGGGAGGCAGCAGCCUCCCCACCCAAAGAGGCCCUUCAUCACCUUCACUGGAGACCAAAUGGAGGGGAACUUCAAUCACUUAGUGGUUGAUGAAAGGACUGGGCAUAUUUACCUGGGAGCUGUCAACAGGAUCUAUAAACUCUCCAGUGACCUGAAGGUCCUGGUGACCCACCAGACCGGUCCUGAUGAUGAUAAUCCCAAGUGUUAUCCUCCCAGGAUAGUCCAAACCUGCAACGAACCCUUGACACCCACUAACAACAUCAACAAAAUGCUCCUUAUAGACUACAAGGAGAAUCGAUUGAUAGCCUGUGGGAGUCUUUACCAGGGCAUCUGUAAGCUUUUGAGGCUGGAUGACCUCUUCAAGCUGGGAGAACCCUUCCACAAGAAGGAGCAUUACCUCUCUGGCGUGAAUGAGAGUGGCUCUGUUUUUGGAGUCAUUGUUUCUUACAGCAACAUGGAUGACAAGUUGUUCAUUGCCACUGCUGUGGAUGGCAAACCUGAGUAUUUCCCCACUAUUUCCAGCAGAAAGCUUACCAAGAACUCUGAGGCAGAUGGGAUGUUUGCAUAUGUUUUCCAUGAUGAGUUUGUGGCGUCUAUGAUCAAAAUCCCCUCAGACACCUUGGCUCUCAUCCCUGAUUUUGAUAUCUACUACAUCUACGGCUUCAGCAGCGGUAACUUUGUUUAUUUCCUAACUUUGCAGCCUGAGAUGAUCUCACCACCUGGUUCCACCACGAAAGAACAAGUUUAUACCUCUAAGUUGGUCCGGUUGUGCAAAGAGGACACAGCUUUUAACUCCUAUGUUGAGGUGCCCAUUGGAUGUGAGAAGAAUGGGGUGGAGUACCGGUUGCUCCAGGCAGCCUACUUGUCCAAGGCUGGAGCCAUUUUAGCAAGGUCUUUGGGUGUUGGCCCUGAGGAUGAUAUCCUCUUCACAGUCUUCUCCAAGGGGCAGAAAAGGAAGAUGAAAUCCUUGGAUGAGUCUGCUCUUUGCAUCUUUGUCCUGAAAGAAAUCAACGAUCGCAUCAAGGACAGGCUGCAGUCCUGCUACAGGGGAGAGGGGACAUUAGAUCUGGCCUGGCUCAAAGUCAAAGACAUUCCCUGUAGCAGUGCGCUGUUAACAAUUGAUGACAACUUCUGUGGCCUGGAUAUGAAUGCCCCCUUGGGAGUAUCAUCUAUGGUGCGAGGGCUCCCCAUUUACACUGAAGAUGGAGACAGAAUGACAUCUGUGAUUGCUUAUGUCUACAAGAACCACUCCCUAGCUUUUGUGGGAACCAAGAGUGGAAAGCUCAAGAAGAUUCGUGUGGAUGGCACCAGCAAGAACACACUGGAGUAUGAGAUAGUGCAGGUGGUGGACACUGGCCCCAUCUUACGGGACAUGGCCUUCUCAAUGGAUCAUGAACACCUCUAUAUCAUGUCUGAGAAGCAGCUCACCCGGGUGCCUGUGGAGUCCUGCAGCCAAUACGAGACCUGCAGCGAGUGUUUGGGCUCAGGAGACCCUCACUGUGGAUGGUGUGUGCUUCACAACACGUGCACGAGGAAGGAGAGGUGUGAGCGCUCCAGCGAGCCUCGGAGAUUCGCCUCGGAGAUGAAGCAGUGUGUCCGGCUUACUGUGCAUCCCAACAACAUCUCUGUCUCCCAGUACAAUGUAUUGCUGGUCUUGGAGACCUACAAUGUCCCUGAGCUGUCAGCAGGAGUCAACUGCACCUUUGAGGACCUGUCAGAGAUGGAUGGCUUGGUAGUGGGCAGUCAGAUCCAAUGCAUCUCACCAGCUGCCAAAGAGGUGCCCCAGAUCAUCACAGAGAAUGGAGACCAUCACAUAGUCCAGCUCCAGCUCAAGUCCAAGGAAACGGGUAUGACCUUUGCCAGCACCAGCUUCGUCUUCUACAACUGCAGUGUCCACAAUUCGUGUCUGUCAUGCGUGGAGAGCCCUUACAAGUGCCAUUGGUGCAAGUACCGCCACGUCUGCACUCAUGACCCCAGCACCUGCUCCUUCCAGGAGGGACGAGUCAAGCUGCCUGAGGACUGCCCACAGCUGCUGCAGGCCGAGAAGAUCCUGGUGCCAGUGGAAGUGAUCAAACCGAUCACGUUGAAGGCCAAAAACCUGCCCCAGCCACAGUCUGGCCAGCGAGGCUACGAAUGCAUCUUGAACAUCCAGGGCAAUGAACAGCGGGUGCCUGCCUUGAGGUUCAACAGCUCCAGUGUGCAGUGCCAGAACACUUCGUAUUCGUAUGAAGGGAUGGAGAUUAACAGCCUGCCAGUGGAGCUGACGGUCGUAUGGAACGGGAAUUUCAACAUUGACAACCCAGCACAGAACAAAGUUCAUCUGUACAAGUGUGGGGCCAUGCGGGAUAGCUGUGGCCUGUGCCUGAAAGCCGACCCGGACUUCGAGUGUGGCUGGUGUGAGGGGCAGAACCAGUGCACACUGAAGCAGCAUUGCCCAGCCCAGGACAGCCAGUGGCUGGAGUUGUCCAGCACCAAAGGCAAAUGCACCAACCCCAAGAUCACAGAUAUCAACCCAGUGACCGGCCCUCGUGAAGGAGGGACAAAAGUGACCAUCCGUGGGGAGAACCUGGGGCUGGAGUUCAGAGACAUUGCAUUUCAUGUUAAAGUGGCUGGAGUGGAGUGCAAACCUCUGGUGGAAGGGUACAUCCCAGCAGAGCAGAUAGUAUGUGAGAUGGGGGAGGCCAAGCCCAGCCAGCACGCUGGAUUUGUGGAGAUCUGUGUGUCCGAAUGCAAACCAGAGUUCAUGGCCAGGUCUUCACAGCUCUACUACUUUAUGACUCUGACACUCUCUGAUCUCAAGCCGAAGCGGGGACCUGUGUCGGGUGGCACUCAGGUGACAAUUACGGGUAAUAACCUCAAUGCAGGCAGCAAUGUCAUCGUGACCUUUGGGCGACAACCUUGCCUCUUCUACAGGAGAUCCACCAAGCACAUUGUCUGUAACACCACAGCCUCAGAUGAAGGCUUUGAGAAGGUGAAGGUGUCUGUGAGAGUGGACAAGGCCAAGAUACAUCAAGAGCUGCAAUAUGAAUAUGUGGAGGAUCCAACCAUCCUGAGGAUUGAGCCCGAGUGGAGCAUCUUCAGUGGCAACACACCCAUUGCAGUGUGGGGAACUCACCUAGACCUGAUCCAGAACCCUCAGAUCCGGGCAAAGCAUGGUGGAAAGGAACAUGUCAAUAACUGCGAGGUGCAGAACAGCACAGAGAUGACCUGCCAGGCUCCCGCAUUGGCUGUUGAUCCAAGUCACCAGUCUGAGCUAGCUGAGCGUCCAGAGGAGUUUGGCUUCAUUCUCGACAAUGUGCAAUCCCUGCUGAUCCUCAACAAAACCAAUUUCACCUACUACCCAAACCCUAUCUUUGAGGUUUUCAAUCCCUCAGGGAUCUUGGAGUUGAAGCCAGGAAGUCCAAUCAUACUGAAGGGCAAGAACCUGAUCCCACCAGUGGCAGGAGGGAAUGCCAAGCUGAACUACACUGUUCUGGUUGGUGAGAAGCCCUGCGUGGUGACUGUAUCAGAUGUACAGCUGCUGUGCGAGUCCCCAAACCUCAUUGGGAGGCACAAGGUGAUGGCUCGUGUAGGAGGGAUGGAGUUCUCCCCGGGGAUGGUCUACAUCUCUCCAGACAGCCCUCUCAGCUUGCCAGCUAUUGUCAGCAUUGCAGUGGCAGGCGGCCUGCUCAUCAUCUUCAUCGUGGCUGUGCUGAUUGCCUACAAGCGCAAGUCCCGAGAGAGUGACUUGACCCUCAAACGCCUGCAGAUGCAGAUGGAUAACCUGGAGUCCAGAGUGGCACUUGAGUGCAAAGAAGCUUUUGCAGAGCUGCAGACAGAUAUUCACGAGCUGACAAGUGACCUGGAUGGAGCAGGGAUCCCUUUCCUCGACUACCGAACCUAUACCAUGAGGGUGCUAUUCCCUGGCAUUGAAGAUCACCCAGUCCUCAGAGAUCUGGAGGUCCCUGGCUAUAGGCAGGAACGGGUGGAGAAGGGCCUCAAGCUCUUUGCACAGCUCAUCAACAACAAGGUUUUCCUGCUGUCCUUCAUCCGCACACUGGAGUCCCAGCGCAGCUUCUCCAUGCGCGACCGUGGCAAUGUGGCCUCGCUCAUCAUGACAGUGCUGCAGGGCAAGCUGGAAUAUGCCACGGAUGUCCUCAAGCAGCUCUUGGCUGACCUCAUAGACAAAAAUCUGGAGAGCAAGAACCACCCCAAACUGCUACUCAGGAGGACAGAGUCUGUAGCUGAAAAAAUGCUCACCAACUGGUUCACCUUCCUUCUGUACAAGUUUCUCAAGGAAUGUGCUGGUGAACCUCUGUUCUCCCUCUUCUGUGCCAUCAAGCAGCAGAUGGAGAAGGGCCCCAUUGAUGCCAUCACAGGGGAGGCCCGCUACUCACUCAGUGAGGACAAGCUCAUCCGACAGCAGAUUGAUUACAAAACACUGGUCCUGAGUUGUGUGAACCCUGACAACGUGAACAGCUCCGAGAUCCCAGUGAAGAUCCUGAACUGUGACACCAUCACACAGGUCAAGGAAAAGAUCCUCGAUGCCAUCUUUAAGAACGUGCCCUGUUCCCACCGGCCCAAAGCUGCAGAUAUGGACCUGGAGUGGCGGCAGGCAAGUGGGGCAAGGAUGAUCCUCCAGGAUGAAGACAUCACAACCAAGAUAGAGAAUGACUGGAAGAGACUCAACACGCUGGCACACUAUCAGGUGCCAGAUGGAUCUGUGGUAGCUUUAGUCUCCAAGCAAGUCACUGCCUACAAUGCAGUCAACAACUCCACAGUCUCCCGGACCUCAGCCAGCAAAUAUGAAAACAUGAUCCGUUACACAGGCAGCCCAGACAGCCUCCGCUCCCGCACACCCAUGAUCACUCCUGACCUUGAGAGUGGAGUCAAGAUGUGGCACUUGGUGAAGAACCAUGAACAUGGAGACCAAAAAGAGGGUGACCGGGGCAGCAAGAUGGUUUCUGAGAUCUACCUGACAAGGCUACUCGCCACCAAGGGCACUCUCCAGAAAUUUGUAGAUGACCUCUUUGAGACCAUCUUCAGCACAGCUCAUCGUGGCAGUGCACUUCCCCUGGCUAUCAAAUAUAUGUUUGACUUCCUGGAUGAACAGGCUGACAAGCACAACAUCCACGACCCCCAUGUGCGGCAUACUUGGAAGAGUAAUUGCCUGCCAUUACGGUUCUGGGUGAACGUGAUCAAGAACCCCCAGUUUGUCUUCGACAUUCACAAGAACAGCAUCACGGAUGCCUGCCUCUCCGUGGUGGCUCAGACAUUCAUGGACUCCUGCUCAACCUCUGAGCACCGUCUGGGCAAAGACUCUCCCUCCAACAAGCUACUGUACGCCAAGGACAUCCCCAGUUACAAGAGCUGGGUGGAAAGGUACUAUUCAGACAUUGCCAAAAUGCCAGCAAUUAGUGACCAGGACAUGAAUGCAUACUUGGCUGAGCAGUCUCGCAUGCAUAUGAAUGAGUUCAACACCAUGAGUGCACUCUCGGAAAUAUACUCCUACGUUGGCAAGUACAGCGAGGAGAUUCUCGGAGCCCUUGAUCAAGAUGACCAAGCUGGGAAACAGAAACUUGCCUACAAACUUGAACAAGUCAUAACCCUCAUGAGCAUAGACAGCUGAGAACUGUCCUGCCAGGGACACCCUGGGAGGGAUAAACCAAGUCGUGCCUCACUCAAGAUCAUCAUCUUUACCAAGUGCAAGUUUUGAUUGGCUGUAAGCAGAGUCACCUGAACAGCACUCCUCUCUCUCUCUCAUUUCUUUCUCUUUCAAAAUCUGUGGACAACAUGAGAAAUCCCCAGGGGUUCAAAGAAAAGAUUGCAGAGGAAUCUUGGCUCUGGGGAUAUCAAGACAUUCAGGUGAAGCUCUCAUUUUCACAGCUUCCCCUCUGCCUUUGUUCUACAAAAAAACAACAACAGUUCCACAGAAACAAAACAAAAUGAAACAAAAUCCUCCCCCAGCAUUGCAUCAUCACUCUGCAGAUGGGAAAUCGAGAGGUCACCUCUGUCAUGCUGCUUUAACUGCCCUCUUGGGGCUGUAGCCUCUGGAGUGGACAUAGAAAUGAACUCAGUAUUACUAAAUGUCUCCCCAAGGGGAAGGCAGCCUGCCUGCAGGGAUCCUGAAGGGUAGGAGGAAAUCAAGAUCCUCUCCUGCAGAGCCAUUUGCAACUCUAUCACUUGAUAGGGACCCACUGGGAGAGGAACACCAGGGCUCCCCGCAAAAUGCCACAGCUCCGUUCAGAGUGGGAACAUUGUGGCUCUUAUCUGCCUGGGCAAACAGCGGUGUAGUUGCUCUCUUGGGGCAGUAGAAGGGUCAUUAAGGGAGGAUGGAGACCAGCAGUCUCCUGCCCAUGUGAUUCAUAUGGUUAUUCUUUUUUUUUUUCCAAAAAGAUCUGUGUUUCCCUCUGUCUUUCCCAUUGUGUCCUGUUGGUCGUAGCACUACUGCAAAAAUGCUCUCUCUUCUCAGUGGCAUCCCAUUGGUGGUGUUUCUGUUCCUUCUGACAAUGGACAGCACAGCAUCUCUUUUGUCCCCACCUCAGCUUGGAAAGCAGGAACCACAAGACUCGCUUUGUUCCAGACAAGGAGUAUGGCCUCAAAAAACAACCAGAGGGUUUUGUUUUUUUUUUAAAGCUGUUUGGUCUUUUCAUUUUAUUUCCACAACUGAAACAAAGCUAUUGGGUGGUGGGGUUUUUUUUGGUGUUUUUUGUUUGGUUGAUUGGUUGGUUGUUGUGGGUUUUUUUGGUUUUUUUUUUUUUUUGGUGGAAUAUCAGAAGGAUGCUAAAGUGCUUGCUGUGAAGCAAGGUAGUGCAUAGGACUGAUAGUAGAAGAUUCCUUCAAAACCACUCCGAAGAGGAAAUAUCAUCACAAUUUAUACGAAAUCUUGGAGGAAACCCAAACGAAACACUGCAAAAUGUUCUUCUAUCUAGAUACUCCCAGACAGACUGCAUGUUUUCUGGAGAUCCGUGAACCAUUGUAAGCUCAUUUGCCUUUUGGUGCCAACUCCUGGCCAUUGCUCUUUCCCAUUCUGGAACCAGUAGGCCUUGUUGAAGGCACACUUGCUGACUGUGAUGUGUUUGCUCUCUCUCUGCACUUCCUAUCCCUUCAGAAAUCAUUGUCAUCACAGGACAAAGAUGGGUGUCCUGCCUCCUCCAGAAGGACUCCAUCUCAAUCUGUUUCAAUGCCAACCAAAUAGGAAUGAGCUCCUGCAUCCCUUCUGCAUUUGGCUGGUUUCUCCUGCAGCUGCUGGCCUGUUUAACACUGUAGUUCAAUUCAGUGGGAGAACCAUCACUGCAGAGCCUUGAAAGAACUGGAAAACCUUGGAUCUGGUAUACCACAGAGGCAGAAAUUAGGUCUGUGUUCAUCUCACCUGAAUGGUGCCCACUAGCAAGUGGAGGAUUGGCCUCGUGCAAUGAAGAAUCAGUCCUCAUCCAUCUUUCAUCAUCCUCCAAGCUACAGCUUUGGUUUACUUUGCGCCUGGAUAGAUGAAGGGGUAAAACAGGGUGUGUAAAUUGAUUAUGGAACAAGUGUAUUUGUUUUUAUUCAUGCCUCUUGCUAGCAAACCUGAACCUCUUCAGAGCAAUGGCUCAUAAGUAUGUGUAAAGGAGGAAGUGGUGCAAGCAGGGGUCAGAUAGCAAGCAGAUUUCAUUCAGCCAAACAUACACAUGUAAGCAAGUCCUUCUAAAACCAUUCAAAGAACAGCAGUCCAAAACUGGGUGCAUAUGUGGGGGGAGAAUAUCACAAGAUUCAUAUUGAAACAGCAAACUUAGGGACACGUCUUGGUUCUAAAACCCCAGACAUUUCUCUCUUGAUUAUAAUUAUUAUUAUUUUAUGUGUGUGUGUGUGUGUCUGUGUGCGUGUGUGCGUUAUUUCCUUUUUAAUUUUGCUUGCUUUCUGUUUGAUCGCUGAGCUGAUGGACUCAUCAUGCACCUUAUGGACAUCUCAGCAUUUUCAAGAGGCCUGCGCAAUGGGGAUGAUUUGGUUUGGUUGGCUCUACCAUGGUUUUGUUGAUCCAUUUUGUAAUGUCGGGGCAUGUUCCAGAUCCAUUGAUUAUGGCUGUGAAAGUGGGGUAAAUGUCCCACCAGAGCCAGCGGUAAGAAAACUGCAACAACAACACAAACACAGUAUUUUUUAUAAGUACAUAAAAAGGAAAAUUACAAAAAAAAAAAAAAAAAAAGGAAAAAAAAAAAAAAAAGGAAGAAACCAAAGGUUUUGACAAACAAAGUGCCACAAAAGAUAAAUAUGGACCCUAUUGUCAUGCCUUGUACUCACAGCUGGAAGGUAGGAGUCUAAGGACAAAUAGCUGGCUUGGAGGGAAGUGGUUAUGAGUGAUGGGCUGUACUGCCUGGACAUGCGCGCACAAAAGGAAAAAGAAGCUGUUAAAAAAAGAAAGAAAAGAAAGAAAAAAAGAAAUGAAAGUGAACUGGUGUAAUCCUGCACUGUUACUGAAGUCAGAGGAACACCACAGGGGAAAUCUGAGACUCACCUUGCUUCUUUUUUGAUGUUUUCAGGGCUGUGUUUUUGUUUUAUUACGGUUGUUUUCCACUGUUGCUGGUUUAUUUCUUCUUGCUGGUACAGUUUUUCAGCUGUAAAGAAAAAAAGAAUAUACGUCUACUUCAAGGAAAACUUGAACACCUCAGAGACACUGAGAAUGAUACACUUGUGGGAAAUGGGAAGCGCCAUGAGAUUGGUAUCUUCAUCCCUCCCAAGUUCCCAUUUAGGCAUUUCCUUUUUCUCUCAACUCUCUUCUCUCUCCUACACCAGGAUUUGAAAGAAGAUUUUGUAUUUCGAUUCUCUUUCAUCUCCUUUUCGUUUUCCUUCCUCGUUUUCUUUUUCAACUUUGGUGCUUAAGCUGGUUUUGGUUUUCACUUGGAAAAAAAUGGUCCAGAAUUGUGGUGUAAAUGUGUGGGCUUUGUCCUCUGUCCCAUUUGGUGUCCUCCUCCUUUCCAUCCACUGUUCCAGCAUCUACCACAGUCUAUGAGAGGUCUCGGCAUCUUUCUUCCCAUCCUCACCUGUUGAGCUAAUUAUUUUUCUAAAUGCAUGUAAAAUACAAUUAAAAACAAAGACACAAGCAGAAGAAUGAGCCCUAUUAUGACAUGGAUGGGUUCUUUUUCUCUUCCUUUGCCUUGUUACCCCCCAACUCCUCACUUUACCUUAAGCAUGACCAAAAGUGUGCCAUGUGAGUUGUAUUUCACACUCAUUUUCAAGCCUCACAGUAAGAACAGGAGUCAAAUCUCCCAGAAGACAACAGACAGGUUCCUGGUAUCCAAAACAUACCAGAUAAUAGGCUGAUGUUUAAUUUUUUUUCUCAAACACUGCAGUCAACACCAUGAAUGUUGGCACUUUUAGUACCAUCAGAUAUUUGGAAAGAGAAUGUAUGAAGUUUCCUUCUGAUUCUACACAAAGAGCAGAGUUAUCUUUCCACUGCAGAGUUUGCUUUGAGUAUCUGUCUCUAGGUUUGAGGAACCACUCUGCAACACACCAUGCCCUCUUUGUGAGUGCAGUCACCUAUCAGUGUCACAGUGAGCUGAGGCACAAUCUAUCAUGUCACGUCCUUUUGCAGACUGAGCCGUCUGGUAAAUGGAGUCGUGGGAAGUUAUCUGGAAGAAGGUGUUAGAGAUUGGUAGUGCUUGAACAAACAGCACAUGAGAACUAGGAAAAAGGAGAAACAUAGAUUCUCAGGGGCAUCUUCAUCUCCUAACACACAUCAGUCCUUCUCUUCCCACACUUCAUUCUGUCCUGAAUAUAUUUGAAGAUUUGGUCUAGCACAGCAUACAACAGCUUUGCUCCAUUGGGCUUAAGCCAGUUUUCACCAUCUUAACCACUGCAGCUGUCUUGCCAUACCACUCAAAAGUAGAGAACAUAAAAAGUAGUUUCAACAUGAAGAGGAUUUACCAGAAUUCAGGUCAAUAUCUGUUUUAGCUGAAAUAUGUUUACUGAAGUUUCAAGAUCUUGUGCAUUACAGGGAAAAAGACAAGAAAAUAUUACUGUUGUUAUUAUUUAUAAUCAUGCUAUUGAAAAUUGACUGAUAAAGCUAUAGGAAUUCAUGGCUGCUCUCACUGUUGAGUAAACCAACCUAAAUAGUACAUAGAAUCAUAGAAUGGUUUGGGUUGGAAGGGGCAUUUCAGAUCACGUUCCAGCCCCGAUGCUGUAGGCAGGGAUAUCUCCAACCAGACCAGGCUGCUCACAGCCCCAUUCAGCCUGGCCUUGAAUGUUUCCAGGGAGGGGAUGUCCACAACCUCACUGGACAAUAUUAGCUAAAUGCUGGGAUAUCUAUGGUGUAACAAUCUAAGAAAAAAAAACAGAUAAUGCCAAGAGCAAAAUUGUUUAAAAGUAAGACACAACACAAAACAUGGAAUAUGAAGAGAGAUUUGAGAAGAAAUACCACUGUGUGGAAUACUCAUCCAAAGGAAGUCUAAAAACCUGAAAGGACUGAGAUCCAGGGCUUCUCUUAGUGGGACAUAUAGUUGUGUCUCCACAAAGGACCUUUAAGUCCAAGGACCAUCACAUAAAAAAAGAAAAGCCUGGGCUGCUGGAGAUGACCAGAACUCUUCAUUCACAUCAUCAGGGCAUCAGUAAUACAAAUCAUGCUUCACCCUUCCUGGUAGCCAGAAUAAGCUCAUGAAGCAGAUGUAUCCGAUAGCCUGGAUAAGUAGUUUUAUGCUAUAAAGGGAAUGACAGAGAGGAAGAAAACUGGUCCCACUUCUCAAACUCCUGGGGCAGGCUUUAGUAUGUAAGUGGUUUGUUCCAUCAUAGGAGUGUAUUGUUCUCUAGGUGAGCAGUGGCCAAGCAGUGGCCAGUACUAAUAGGGGAAGAUGCCAUGACCGGAUAAGCACUUUCCUGUAACUUCAUCAAUCCUUGAUAAUCCUUUCUUCUCCUUGGUUCAGCACGUAGCUGAAGGAGAUGGACAGAAGGCUCUAUUUAUGUAUCUUCCACCAUUGAAUGAGGAAAUCAGUACAAAAAUCUUGCUCUUGAAUAACUGCUGUUGUCUAAAUGCCUGUAAACCCCUGCUUAUCUCCUCUCCCAGGAUGACUAGGGAGCCCAGGAAUGGAUUUGAUUAUUUACACAGCAAAUUGUGUUUCUUUGUUGGCACAGGCCUCACCAUGACAGCUGUUGGGUAAAGAGGUACUGGCAUAACCUCAGUGAUUCCAGGGCAAUUUGGUCUCUGUUAUCAGAUGAGUAGUAAAAUAUUGUACUCUAGGGCAGAUGGAGAUCUUGGACUGCCCUAGCUCUUGCCAUCCAAGUUUGGUUUGUCUGCUGUGGAGCAGACAACUGAAAGUCAAGUGAUGCUCCACGUCAAGAUGUGAAUCUCCCAGCCAUUCAUAGUGUAGGUUUUCUUACUUUGCAUCCAGCUUUGUCUCCAUUUCAGAAUAUAGCUGAGUCCGUAGUGUUCUGCAACUGUCCCUCAUGUCCAUCACUGUGCAAUGUUCCUUCCCCUCUGAGAGUUGUGUUGUCCUAUGGAGGAUAAGCAUUAUGCAUAGAAUGCUUUGAAAACAGAGCUGGUCAACCACAGUUGAUUUGGGACUUCUCAGUUAACUGCACCGUUAGAGAAGCACCCAAGGACACAGUGGCUUACGGCAACUAAUUCAUAUGCAAAAGAAUGACAAAAGAAAGAUUAAACACAAAAGGAUUACACUUGGAAAGAAUAAAGCCAUUACCAAAUAAACCCCCCCCAAAACAAAAAACAAAUAAACUACAACAAAUCAGAGAGGAUAUAAAGCUGCUUAGUCCAACCAAUCUGUUACACGUGUGAUUUCUGUUGUCGUUGUCAUUGUUUAUUCAUUGGCUAUAUUUUUUGUUGUUUGUUAAUCUUCUGUUCUAAAAGUGGAGAGUUUACCUCAAGAAUUUCUUUCUGCUUGGAACCAGAUCACCUCAAAGACACCUGCAGCAAAGAGAAGCAUGCAGGGAAGCUCAGCAAAGUCAACCUGCUUAUGGAAAAUGGAGGGAACAGGACAUUUAGGCUCUUUCAACAUCCCCUUCUCUUGCUAGUGUGGUUUGAAUCUGAGGGCGGUAUUUCUGAGCAGGGGAGGACGCUGUUCACUUUCAGGUAGACUGAAACACAAGAGCCAGUCAGAGAAACCAAGGCAUACGUCUGAGCUUGACAUUCUUUCUUGAACAUCUUAAAGAAAGUUGGUGUUACUUAAAAUUUCUUCACUGCCCUUUCCCCAUUCCCUGGAGAAAAUCCACUUUCCAGCCCAGGGUUGGGUAAGGAAGCAGAGAUUAGGUGCUAGCUUAAAUGCUCCCAGCAUUUUCCCCAAGGAAUCUAGAUGAGAGGCAACCGGAUUAUUUAAUGCCACAAGACAGGCCCUUCCUAUUGUCUGACCCCGUGUCUUGGAUGUACACACGAGCCCAGAAGUCUCAUUCUCUGUUUUUGCUAAGGCUUCCACCUUAAGUACAAAAUCAAUGUAAAGACAUAUCCUUUCACUACAGUGUUACUAACAGCCUCAAAGAGAUGUCAAGACAGCAUUAGAAAGGAGGUUGGGAUCCCUAUUUUUUUUAGGUUGUUGUUGUUGUUGGUUUGGUUUUCUUUUGAAUUGAUCCUAGUUAAAAAUAAAAUCUAUACUAUUUAAAUUGGAAUCCCAUUGUUACUUGGUAAAGGCAAAGCUUCUGUACCUUUGUUAUAAUUAAUUGUAUACCUGUGUAUGUAAAUAUAAGGCAUUCCUAUUUUGCAGUCCAG